ACCGGACCAGAUAGCCGUCGCUCGAACGUGAUCAUGGAGUUCAGUCCACUGGAGGAUGUCAAGGUGUUUUGCGGAAAGUUUGUUAAUUAGAUUGAUUUUUGGAAAGUUUUUCAACUAGAUUGGUUGAAAAUCAGCUUUCAACAUGAGUUCAAAGAAUAGUGCACGAAACCAAUAUUUGGCCACUUUAUGUCUAAACUUCCUGCCGUUUAGUUAUGGAGUUUGUUGCGGUUGGACCUCGCCAUCGCUUCCGAUUCUGCUGUCAUACGAUUCCCCUCUGCCCGGUGGUCCGAUCACAUCCGAGGAAGCAUCGUGGAUUGGAGCGUUUCUGUGCGUUGGAGGCUUUUUCGGAAACAUAGUGUCCGGAUGGAUGGCCGACCGCUUUGGCCGCAAGCUGACCGCUUGCCUGGCUGCGAUUCCUCAGAUUAUUGCAUGGAUUUUGGUGAUUACUGCACAAAAUGUGUACUACCUGAUGGGGAUGCGGUUUUUGCUGGGGUUUUCGGGUGGUGUUUGCUUCAUGGUUAUUCCAAUGUUCAUUGCGGAAAUCGCAGAGGAUAGAAUACGUGGAUUGUUGGGCUCUACUUUGGUGUUUUCCUGCAACUUGGGCAUCUUGUUGAUGUACAUUCUUGGCGACUGUCUGCCGUAUGCUAUGAUACCGUGGAUUCUGUUAGUGUUCCCACUGGUUUUCCUCGCAGGAUUUCUACUCAUACCGGACACACCGUACUACCUUAUGAAGAGAAAUGAUUUCGUUAAAUCGGAAAAUUCCCUCAGGUUCUAUCGGGGCUAUCAUGCAAGGACGGAAAAUGUUUCCAUCGAGUUCAAAAAAGAAUUGGUCAAAUUGAAGGAUGCGUUAUACAGCGAUAAGCACAACGAACAAGAGCCGCGUAUCACAUUUCAGGAUCUAACUACUGCACACGCCACAAAGGCAUUUUUGAUUGGUGUCAGUCUGAUGGCACUCAACCAGUUCUGCGGUUGCUUCGCGAUGCUUAAUUACACGGCUUCCAUUUUCAGCGAAUCAGGAUCAACACUGUCAGCCAACAUGUCAGCUAUUGUAAUUGGUUCGAUUCAAAUGGUCGGGUCGUACCUGUCUACUGUGCUGGUCGAGCGUGCCGGACGAAAGCUCCUGUUGAUAAUCUCGGCAGCCGGCAUUGCAAUCGGGCAGGGAAUCUUUGCCGGGUUCUCGUAUGCCAAAAGUCUCGGCCACAACGUGGACUCUUUCGAUUGGUUGCCCUUGGUGUGCUUCUCGUUCAGCAUCUUCAUCGGUUCGGUGGGUGUCCUGACUUUGCCGUUUUUGGUUUUGGCCGAGGUGAUGCCACAAAAGAUCAAAGGAUUCGCCAUCAGCUUCUGCAUGGGGAUAUUGUGGAUUUUCGCCUUCGUCGCAAUCAAGUAUUUUUCGACGCUAUUCGACGUGCUUGGAAUGCACGGAACGAUGUUGCUGUUUUCCGUUUGCUCCCUUGUCGGAGCACUUUUCAUUGCCCUCGCUGUUCCGGAAACGAAAGGAAAGAGCAUGGAAGCCAUUGCCAAACUGAUGAGCUGAAAGUUUUCAUAAUUUGCUGGAGCUGUGAUUGUUUUAUAUGGGUACGCAUACAUAAAGUUAUUUUGUGAACAGAAGGGA